AUGAAUUAUUUGCGCAUUUUCAGACGGGUUUGUUUUUGAAAAAAAGGUUUUGGUGGAUCCAAAAAUAAAAUUUUCAGAGCGUUGGAAAUCUUUACGUUGGUUCAAAUGUCAAACAACGCGAACAAUUGGGUGAAAAUUAUCUGGAAGGAACAAAAGUAUGCAUUUUCUAAAUAACAAUAAUUUUCAAUUAAGAAAAAACUUUCCAGGUGGUUGCUGUAAAAGGUUCAAAGAACAUCAAAUUGGUGUCGAAGAUUUUGGAAGAUCAGGGAGCAACAAUUCAAGAAUUCGAAUUUAAUUUUCAUCAUGUUCGAGAGAUUGAAAAAGCGAUUAGGUCUGUAUUUAGAAUUUUUAUUUCUGAAAAAAUAAUUUCAGCACAGCUGAUGUUUUGAUUGAUGGUGUUCAAAUGGGCGGUUCAAUCGAAGAAUCUCAAUCACAAAAUAAUAAUUUGAUCGUUGCGCAAUGUGAUUGUGAUGAUCCAUUUUCGGCGAUGACUGCAGUUGCGAGAAUUUCGAUGGCUUUGUUUGAAAGACAAAAAAAUGACUAUCAAGCUCAAGUAAGCCAGAUUCUUCAAACUAAAAAAUAUAACUCGAAAAAUUUCAGCGACUAAUUGCUUCGGAUUGUUUAAAUUAUUGGAAAUAUUUAAAUCAACUCAACAUUCGAAAAAAUUGA